AUGGCUACUCAGCAACGAUGGCUCACUGCGCCCCCGUCGACACAUACUGUUCGUGUUCGGCUUAUAAAAGAUGUCGGAAUAAUGAGCCUACCUUCAGCUCUUUUGCUAGAUCCAGUAGCUGAGGGGCAUGAAAUUCUCAAUGGAGCAGAUACAGCAUAUUUGAUUGAAAACGAAAACCUUGGAAAGAAAGCUGUCUUUGAUUUGGGCGUUCGGAAAGACUGGUGGAAUCUACCGCCCAAAGUUCGAGACCCACUUGCCUUCUGUGUUGGAAUCAACGUUGAAAAGGACGUUCCGGAAGUCUUACAAGAGAGAGAUAUAUCAUUGGAUACUAUCAAUGAUGUCAUCUGGAAGAUGGCGGUUAUGAAACCCGAAAUCACAGGAACGGAAGAGGCGGUUUUUCUUUCGUCAGACUUCGCUGGACGUCAUAAUAAUGAGAUUGACUUCAGCAAAUCCACGUCCAAGAUUGGUGGAUUUAACGCCCUUGGCUUUUAUGACGAUGAAUCUUUCUAUCUUCUAGACACUCCUGGUCACGACCUGGGCCAUUUAAGCGCUCUGGCUAGGGCUACAAGCUCAAAAGCUGGACAUGGAAAGGAUACAUGUCAGCAGUCGCCACUAUCUGCAGCUGGAUCGGUCAAAGAAGCUCGCGUAAACCCAUGGUACGACGUCGCCACUGGGCAGCUAUCCACGUUUUUAGAUCCGAUAGUUGGUCAAAGAACUGCGAAUACGGUGAAAGAGGCUUUUGAUGAAGCCGAAAAUGUCUUUGUUGCGGUGUGCCAUGAUCUGAGUCUAUUGGCUGAGGAGAACGGAAAACCAGUACUGCCAACACUCAACAUGCUCCCCAAGAAGACAUGA